AUGCUAUCUAUUGACAAUCUCCCCACAGCUCCUGAAAUCCCAGAGGGGCCAACUGAGAGCCAUGUGCUGUCUCAAGUGGAACAGGACGAGAAAGGCCUUUCACAAAAAGCUGGCGACACAGAGGAAAUUACCAAUGUCGGAUGGGGUGAAUCUCCAGAUGCCAUCGAGGAACCUUUCAUAGCCGGACUAUCAAAUGAGGAUUUGUGGAUGCUCAUUAGACGGUUUGACAAGGUCUACAUCUUAUCAUGGCUUUUCGAAAUAUUCGUUCCAACUAUACUGGCCAUCCUACUUGCUCUGGUGGUCUACCCACCAUGUCGAUCACUCAUGUUCCCUCCCGCUCCAAUUCCUCUUGUCAACAAAGACACGGGUGGUGUACAAAAGCCAAAGGCUGGAAUCCUCGGAUCUAAUGAUAGUAUUACUGGGGCCCCCGAAAAAUUCAAGGGCGAGGCAGCCGAGCAGGAGGCCAGUAAUCUUAUCGCAAGUGUUGCCAGUGUGGCUGUGGGAAGCGCAGUCGGGAAGCACGAUCAGGGGGUCCCUGAUGAUGCACCCCUCGAAGACGAUGUGCCAGACACGAUGGAUAUUGUUGCUAAUACUGCCAAUGCGCAAAGCGCGGCCCAUGGAAAGGUGCCUACAGACUCCCACGACAAAACACGACAGCCUAUGAAACAGAGCGUGAUGGAUGCUGCGAACUCUUUAAUGCAGCUGAUAGGCGACAUAACAGAUACCUAUGAGAAGUUAGGCAAUGCUCUAUCCGCCACGGCUCCGUUUCCCCAAUUGAGUCCUCGAUUGCGCCUGGUAGCUGUGUUGGGCCCAGUUCUGUUAGUCUCGAUAAUGACCUCUUGCUACCUAUUCAUGAAGCUCAUUACACUUCUGAUCGGGCUCGCCUUCUUUGGAGACCCUGUCAUCAAACGAGGGGUCUCAUCUCUGAACCGCCGCCUCCCGAAUUGGCAGAACUUUAUUCAGUUGCAAAAUUCCCUUCUGAACGGUAUCCCAACAAAUGCUCAGUUGGCUAUCACACUUCUCCGCAUCGGCGAGGCUAAUGCGUCACCACUCCCCCCCCUCCAACCUCACCAGAAAAAGUGCCCUCGCGACCAGCUUCUUUACACCAGGAGGAACUGA